AUGACAUAUGCACACGCCAAGUUCAUCUGCGUUUCCUUCUUCAUAAAUGCGUUCGUUCGUCUUGAUGAUUUCAGACCAGAGCUCAAGAGCCUUCAAGGAGGUGGCGACCAGGACCUUGCCUGCGUCUACGUACCCAACAACAACCUCUACCUUUGGGACAUCUUCCUCAUGAGCCGCGCCGACGUCAUCAUCCCGGACCUCUCCGUCCGGGAGGCCAUGGAAAUCGUCCUCUCAGGCAGCAUGUCUGUACCAAAGAUCAUAUCGGCGGUGGAGGGGGCCAUUGGCCUCGGCGACCAUGGACGAGCAGUGAAGGACUCCUAG